CGAAAAGAGCUUUCGAUUGUCAAUUAUUGAUAAGAAAGAUGUCUUCAUCGUGUCUUUCAUGUGGAGGAGUUCUUAUUUACCAGCCGUGCUGAUACCAUAUAAGUUUAUUCGGUCAUUUAUUAAAUGUGGCCUAAUUUACAGAACUGCAGUUUCAUUGGUCAUAAAAAGAAAGUAUUGGCCCCAGACCUGCCAUUUGAUAAUUAGGGCUAAAUAAUGUCAUUUCAAGAGCUCGUCAAAAUAAAAUUACUGCUGGUUUUGGAGUCUAGAAAUUUUUAAACCUCGAUUUGGAAUUAUCAUCCAGAUUAGCCAAAAUCUUGUCAUGGAAUUUUUUGGGUAAUCUGCAGGCAUCGUGUCAAGGCUCGAAUUAUACGAAACUUUCUACACCCACGAUAAGAUUAAAUAACGGUCUUGCGCGAUUCUUUUGUUUGGCAACGGUAUAGCGGUAUUUCUUUGUUUUGGAAAACCACGUGUCACAGAAUCUCUGAGAAAUAACAGUUUUGUCUUCGAAUGCCCGAAUGCAAGAUUAUGAGCUACUAGGAGGAUGAAGUUUGUUCGCGCUGGAAUUAGUCCGAAAUCAAGAUUAAUACCUUUAAUUGUCACAGGCUGCUUCAGGUCGUGUAGGACGAUAGAGAAAGUUGUAUCGUAUAUAACCUAAGGCUAAAAAAAGCUAACUAAAGCCAGUUAUUACUUGUAAGAUUGCUUUCUUGUCAUGACUAUAAUUUUGAAAGGCGUAAGUCUAGGAUGAUCUGCAAGACACAAGUGUUUUCAAAUGACAAACAUUGUGAGUGAACAUAGCGAGGUUUGUUUACAUAUUUGCAUUAUAAUGAUUAGUGAUCCAUGAAGACUCUUAAACUGAACAAUAAGUUAGACUCCCUCUAUGUGUAUUGGCAUUAUUAAAACUAUUCCACGUGCUCUCCGUCUUAUAUGAAUACAUUUACCUUUAAAUUGUCCCUUGUAGAAGUUAUCUUCAUACACUAUUUAAUUUCCAAUCGACCGCCAGACUUUGUAUUAUGUCUGAGAGAUGAAAACAUUGCGAUAAACAUAGCGUGUUUCUAGAGUUUAUUGAUCUUUAGGAAUGCUGCAGUGAGAGGCUACAAACCUUCAGAGGGGUUAGCGGGAAACAGUAAGGAUUCAUGUCAAAAAAACAGAUUGGAAAUCCAGGGCUCUUGAUGUCAACAGAUUUUUCGUGUUCCAAUAAUGGAAAUCUUGUUGUUAGGCGGAAAAAAGAGGGAAGAGUGGCCAUGAACGGGUGGUAUGCCAUGUCUAAAUAAUAGAUUAACACCACGCCUGCACUUGUUGAAGUGCUUGUGGAUUUUCCCGGCAUGGUGGCUUAAAAACGUUUUCGAAAACACGAACUCGAUGAUUUUUCACAAAAGUCAAAAUAUUGUGCUUAAGAUAUAUUUGCCAUCACAAGCAAACUGUUACUCUAAAAAGUUUGGGAAAUAAUCAUUGUUUUUUCCUCUCUUGUACCGCAUCAGUCGCAGGAUAUUUUCUGGUGAAAUAAUUGUUUGCAAAAUAAACAAUAAGGUCCAAAAAAUAGUGUCCUUGCACUAGCUUUGUUGAAGCAUACUUAUUUCUCAAAACACUAAGCGCUUAAGAACUAAUUGUUUUCUUUUAGUUUUAUAUUAAAAGACGGAUUAUACGAGAAUUCGUUCCGAGCAUAAGCCGAUUUUCCACACAUCUACUUCAUUAAACUAGAUGUCAGUCGCUUAAGAGUGGGCGAACAAUUGUUUGCUGGUAACCCAUUUAAAGCUAGCAAGUUCGAUUAAACGGCUCUCUUUGUUUGGUUUUGUUCCAGUUCUUCCCUGUUGCGAGCUGAAGUGGCAUGGCAAAUAAAUUCCAGCAAAGCGCCGCGCUCGUUGACUCGUGCAUCUAAGUAGCGUCGAGGCGGAGGCAGCUCGAGAAGUCUCAAGUAUCAAAACUCAAAACAAGCACUUGAAAUGCAACCGACUUACUGCUACCAGGGCCUACCCAGUUUGAAAGAUGACUACGAGUUUUCGUGGGCGCGAAAUCGUCCAUUUUCGCUGGGUACAGAGUUCCUCAGAGACCAUACCUUCCUGAAGCCGUUGUCAACAAAGCUUUCCGGAUUUGUACCACCUACACGCAUCCAGCAAACGGUUGAGAACCAACUCGUCAAGAAACACGAAGAACUCAACCUCGGGUUUCUCGACGGAAUGGUUCCAAGUCGGCCGAAGACGAAACGUUUCUCGAUGACAUACGUCGCUCUCAUCGCCAGCGCCAUUCUGCGAGUCCCUGAGAAGAGAUUAACCCUCUCACAGAUUUACCAAGUGAUCGAGAAAACGUUCCCGGAGUUCACUGUCUCCAGGGCUGGAUGGAAAAACACUGUCCGCCACAAUCUGUCGCUACACGAGUGUUUUGUCAAAGGAGAGAUGGCAACUAAUGGGAAGAGCUGCUUCUGGCAUAUUCACCCAGCAUACAUCGCCCGGUUUAGUAAAGGAGAUUUUCGAAAACGACCUUGCAGAGAGCUUUGCACUCUUGACGAACACAGGAGCUACUCGCGAGUAAGUUUCGACAGAAUACAACCCUAUCCAGUGCCUUACAUGUUUGGAGCACCUGGCACGCGAUUCGAGAUUAAUCCAUGUUCUAGCGUCGAGCGGCAAACUGCUUCACAAAGGACAAUUUUCCCCGGCUCUUCAAGCUCUGUUCAGAAGCCCUUCGUGAAUGCAACCGUUCACCCUUCAACUGAAUGGCUCAACGAGUAUAAACCGUAUCCUUAUUACUACUUGUUCUCUCCGCCGAGAAGUGCGUCACUUAAUCCACAACAAACUGAGAAGAGCCUUCUCCUGGAGAACUCUACGUGUUCCAGCGGCCACUAGCUUGCGAAUGAAAGAGGGCUGUGCAACUGAUAAACUAGCAACUUGAUAAUACUGUUGGAGAUAAUUUAUCUAGCUUUCAGCAAAGCCUAAUACGCUUUACACUGAGAUUGAAUAAUAAUAUAAUGCAGGCUAAAUAUCUUCUGAACAUACUAACAGCAAUGUAAAAAGUUUUAAAAGUUAUCAAGUCUGAGUGACAUUUUACAAAAUUACCCUUGUGUAGGUACUACAUGAUAUGAACUAUUUGCAAUUAUUUCAAAUAACACCUAAGCACAAUAAAUUUAAAAAGCCUGUUUCGUUGAAAUGUUAUCAUACUGUCUAAUUACUACACAGGACAUAGCUAUGACAUUCAUCGAUCAAAAGUGACUUCAGCUACGUAUCUACAUUCACAAAUACACUUAGUAUCUGCUUUCUGAAUCCGCCAAAUGGAUAGCACUGUUUAUUUCAUGACAUUUUGAGGCAAUAUGUAUUGUCCAAUACAGAACUUACUUGUACCUAGCUACAUGUAGUUAAGAACGAUAUUGUUAUUGCGGUUACAAAAAAUGACGUUCAAAUUUUUCCUUGUUGCUUUAGUUAGACUUAUAAGUGUGAAAAUGUUUGUUUUAUUGCCAAUGCAUGCAGUCUUUGGAUACAGUAAGUAAAUGGUAUAACUGAGCAUUCUUGUUGCGAUCUUGAUAAAACGUUACCUCAAAGAGAAAAUUAUUUAAACAUCGAGACUUCAAAGGGCAAAAAGCUCUAUUUUAAACAUCACGAUACUGCAUUUACUGCGAUGCUCCCAACUCUUUCUUGGGGCGACGAGAUUAGAAAACUUCACUCGUAUAAGGAACAUUCUACGCUUGGAUUUCUUUGCUCUUUAAUGGCCAAAGCUUUGGCGAGGGCGUGAUAGGCUGCCGGCGUCAAACGUAUUUCGGCACAUCCGACAUGACUCGGAUAGGGGGAUAUUUUUCAUUUGAAGUUACCAUGGUUACAAGUCACGUUGCGAUAUGCAGACUAAAAUAAGAUUUAUUAACUCUCAGAACUUUCUCCUUCUUCAAUGACAAAAAUCAACUGUUACACAACUGUUAGGUAAAGGUAAGGUAAAGUCUGUAUACGAGCUAAGUGGCUUAUCAGGCCAGGCCGAUGCUUAUCCUGGUUUCAGAAGUAUGAAGCGACCAACAGUAGCCCUACUCCCCUCUGGUGAAAUGCUAGUCUGUCGCAGGGUUACCCCCAGCAUUACCGUAAUGCAGCACCAGCACCCAUUUAUACUCCUGGGCGGAGAGAGGCAAUG